AUGCCUGCCUCACUGGCAGCGCUGUCCGAGGCGGAGUACAGUGCUGUUGGCCGCCGGGCAACCAUGAAGCUGGAUGCUCGGAUCAUGCCUGGAAUGGUCAUCAUGUUCAUCAUGAACUACCUCGACCGGCAGAACAUUGCCUCGGCGAAGCUGGCCGGCAUCACGGAGGAUCUGGGUCUGUCUGACGUGCAGUAUCAGACGUGCAUCAGUGUUUUGUUUGCUGGUUACAUUCUUAUGCAGGUUCCUUCCAACAUCAUGUUGGGCAAGAUCCGUUGGCCAGGCAUCUAUAUCUGUGUCGCCAUGGCAGUUUGGGGCGUGAUCUCAGCUUGUGUCUCUACAGCCCAGAAUUUUGAAGGCAUUCUAGUAACCCGUUUCUUUCUUGGAUUCGUGGAAGCAGUCUUCUUCCCGGGAGCUAUCUUCUACCUCUCGCUCUUUUACAACAGGAAGCAAUAUGCUCUUCGCACCGCUAUUCUCUACUCUGGAUCUCAGCUGGGAAAUGCUUUCGGCGGAUUGUGUGCCAUUGGAAUCCUGCAGCUAGACGGAGUGCAUGGCCUGGAAGGCUGGCGAUGGCUUUUCAUCGUUGAAGGGGCUGCCACCGUUGGUCUAGCCUUGAUCAUUGCAUUGUUGCUUCCAAACUCCUUACACUCCCUUUCCGGCUUCACUACACUGGAGAAAGAGUUUCUUCAAUGGAACUUCAAGAAGGAUCAAGGCCAGCAAGACGAUGCCAGCGAAGCUAGCGCCUGGAAAGGAUUCAUCAUGGCAGUGACUGAUCCAAAGACCUGGAUGAUUAUGGGAACUUUGUAUGCGGUCUAUAUUGCAGCUGCAGUCACCAACUUCUUUCCAACAGUGGUCGGAACCCUGGGGUACUCCAGGAACCAAACUUAUGGCCUUACUGCGGUGCGUACCGGAGCGACCCCCCCUGUGCUUUGUGUCAUUGUCAUGAUUAUCAACGGAUUUCAUUCUGACAAGAAACAAGAGCGAUAUCUCCACAUCGUCUGUCCAAUGGUGGUUUGCGUUGUCGCGAACAUCAUUGCUGUGUCCACUCUUAAUACCGCUGCAAGAUAUUUUGCCAUGAUGCUUAUGCCGUCUUCCUUCUAUGGAAGCACGGUUGCUGUUCUCUCGUGGGCAGCCGGAUCCCUCUCACAGCCCUCGAUCAAGCGGGCCACCGCCCUCGCUCUGAUAAACGCCGUCUGCAACACUCCGAACAUCUGGACCUCGUAUCUCUAUUACUCCUCGCCUCGGUAUCUGGCUGCAUUCCUGGUUAACCUCGCCGCGGCAGUGCUGGCCAUUAUCCUCGCAACGGUGACCAGGAUUUACCUGCGACGCCAGAACUACAAGCUGGACCACGGACUAGACACGGGACGUCACGGACCGACUGACGCUCAGAAGGCAGCUGGGUUUCGGUAUGUGCUGUGA